CGGGAUCCUAGGCGCUUUCUGCUGGCCAGACGCGAAGGAGUUAAGGGCACCGAGAUCCAUCUGUGAUCCCUAGAAAGGACGCCGCAGCCCACAGACCCGCCUGACCCGUACACGCAUCCCUGCCCUCCUGGUUACUGGGCCAGGCCGGGCGGGGGCCUUUGUCUCUUAGCUGCCCUCUUUCCCGUGCCCCCCUCCCUGGUUCCUUCCUGGCCUUGGCUGGUACGGCUUCUGACCCCAUUGUGCCCGCCUCCUCCCGGCUUCCUGCCUACCAGUGCCAUAGGGCACCCAGAGGACAAGCCCUGUCCAGAAAAGCUUGACCUUCAUCUCAGCUCCAUUCCCUACAAACAGCCAUGGUAUCCAGAUGCCCUCCAAAUGGGGCUCAGGGGCUGCUCACCUUUGAGGAUGUGGCAGUCAUUUUCUCCCAGGAGGAAUGGAAGCACCUGGACUGUUCUCAGAGAACACUCUACAAGGAUGUUAUGUGGGAAAACUACAGGAACCUGGCAUCUGUGGUAGGAUUUCCCUUUCCCAAACCAGAGCUCAUCUUAUGCCUAGAACGAGGUGAGGAACCGUGGCUACCUGAUGGCCUGGGAUCUUCAGAAAGGAGAAGGAUCCUAUUCUUCUGCAUAGCAGGGGACAAGCCAUGGACUCCUCCCAGGCUUCAGAAAGGCCUGGAAGAAGUGGGGGCCCUUGAAGGACAUAUUUCCAGAGCCCAGACAGAUAAUUCACUUUUUCCAGCAGAGGACAAGCUAGGCACUCCUCCCAGGGUCUGGAAGGGCCUGGAAGAAGUGGGAACCUGUGAAAGACAACUUUCCAGAGCUCCAUUGGAUGGGAACAAGACCUUUGGAGCUGCUCCGACCCAAAUUAUCUACUGGUGUGCAUCAGACAACAAGGAGCUGAUCCCUUGUUCUGUGGACUUCACUCCACUGCCAACCCCAGACCUCCCCAACCCCUCCAAGUGCUCUCAUAGCAGCAGAGAUUUCCAACUUUCCAACUUUUCUAGUUACCAGCGAACCUAUCAGUGCCCUCAGUGUAGCAAGCAGCUCAGCUGGAACUCUGACUACACCCGCCACCAAUGCAUACACAGUGGCGAGAGGCCUUUCAGCUGUCCACUCUGUGGGAAGCGCUUUGGCCACAGCUCUGACUUCACGCGCCACAAGCGCACACACACUGGUGAAAGGCCCUACAGAUGUUCAGAGUGUCCCAAGUGCUUCAGCCGCAACUCGGACUUGGUCACGCACCAACGCACACACACGGGCGAGAAGCCCUACUGCUGUGGGAACUGUGGCCGGGGCUUCAGCCGCAGCUCAUCACUGGUCACACACCAGCGUGUUCAUACUGGUGAGAGGCCCUACCAGUGUCGAGACUGUGGCAAACGCUUCAGCCUCAGUCCGGACCUCAUCAAGCACCAGCGCAUCCAUACAGGUGAGAAGCCCUACAAAUGCAGCCAAUGUGCCAAGUGCUUCAGCCAUCGAGCUAACCUCAUUACCCACCAACGAGUGCACACAGGGGAGAAGCCCUAUAAGUGCCAAGACUGUGAGAAGAGCUUCAGCCAGAGCUCACACCUCAUCAUUCAUCAGCGGGGGCACACUGGAGAGCGCCCUUAUCGCUGCGGUGACUGCAAGAAGAGCUUCAGCAGCCGCUCCUACCUCAUUACCCACCGCCGAGUCCACACUGGUGAGAAGCCAUAUUCCUGCGGAGUGUGUGGGAAGAACUUCAGCCAGAGGACCAAUCUUCUCACACACCAGAAGCUACAUGGGAUGGAGAAGGGGGUAGUAAGAGGGGCAGCUUCCCAGGGGAUUACCAGGCUAGGGGGAGAAGCUUGAGCUCCUGUCCCACACAUUUAAUGUAGUGGAUACUUAUUAAUUGCCUAUGAGAUAAUACAGAUUCAAAGAUGAAAAAAGGACAGUCUCUGCCCUCAAUAGUUUACUGCCUAAUAGCUUCAAUGGCUCCUUUUGGGGGACUUCUAGGGUGAAGGCAAGAGAAUGAGAAGGGAAAAAUUUCUUGAUAUUCCCAUUAUGCAGGGCUUCCAGGAGCUGCUUCCUGCUCCAAAUGGGGGAUUGGUUAUUUGCUGAUCCUUGUACCCCAUUAUUUCCUGAGCAGAAUCUUAAGAGUUUCUCAAAGUGGUAAUAGUAGAAAGAACCCCCUCAUGGAAAUCAGGAGAUCUGGGUUUAAGUUCUGGCUCUGGCACUGGCCUUGUGACCUCAGGUAAAUAAUUUCCUCUCAUUGGAGCUUGGUUUCCUCAUUAUAAUAGGAAGGAGUUUUUACCAGAUUAUUUUAGUGGUCUCUUUAAGCCUCGAUGAUCUGUGUCAUAUGCUUAUGUGAGCAUUAGAGAUUGGAUGCAGGAAAAGGGGGAAAGGAAUAAGAAUUUAUAUUGUGCCUUCUAUGUGCUGUGCACUGUUCUAUGUACUGUACAAAUGUCAUCUCAUUUGACCCUCACAACAAUUCUAGGUGGUAAGUGCUGUUAUUAUUCUCAUUUUACAGUUGAGGAAGCAGAAAAGAGGUUAAAUGAAUUGCCCAGGGUCACAUGCUAGUGUUUGGGGCUGAAUUUGAACUCAGGUCUUCCUGAUUCCAGAUCCAGCAUUCUUUAUUGCACCAUCUAGUUGCAAAAGAGAUUGAGAAGUUAGAAGGAUUGAAUUGGUUUUCUGCAAAGUAGGUUGAAUACAUCCUAGGGAAGAACUUUGCAAAACUGAGGCAACUAGUGGAAAUCAGUUUUGCAAAGCAGUCAAGGCAAAGGUGAUAGUAGGAAAUAUCCAGUGGCUGAAGCCCUUGAUGCUUGUUCUUCUUACCUGUCACCCUCCCCUGGAGAAAUAUAGGUAGCCCCAGUGAUUAGAAUGCAAAUGCUGAAUUGCUCAAUUGUGGGUUUUUUUUUUGUGUGUGGGGAUCUCAACUCUAAAGGGAAUAGCUAAGAGAAUAAAAUGUGGAGUAAAAGGACAAGAGGUAAUGUAGGGCUGGGAAGGAAGAUAUUCGGCAUUCAGCGUUUAUUUAUUUUUAAGUUUCUCUAACUGAUGUUAGUGGUUAAUCUGUUUUUCAUUCCCUAUUGCACAUUCUUCCUCUAUCCAAAUUAGUUUUAGAUGUUCCUCCUACAAACUGGUCACAGGUUUUCUUCUAAAUGUAGUUAACACCAAAGAGCUGUGAGGAGUUUGACAGCCUGGCAUUAUGGAUGAUCUUUAAGAGGGCUGAUAAAGAGGGUGCGGGAAGAGGAGGGGGAGAAAGCAAUUGACUAACAUCAUUUAAAAUUAAAUUAGAUUUUAGGGGCAGCUAGGUGAUGCAGUGGUUAGAACAACCGGCCCUGGAGUCAGGAGGACCCGAGUUCAAAUCUGGCACUUGACAAUUACUAGCUGUGUGACCCGGGGCAAAUCACUUAACCAUGAUUGCCUUGCAAAAAAACUAAAUUAGAUUUUACCACCAAAAGGCUGUUCUGAACUCUAUGAUUUCCUGACAACCCUUCCAAAACACAUCCUUCCUAUUCUUACUUUGACAUUGUUGACUUUCUUGACUGAUAAACAUCAACAACAGGAAACUUGGGGCAAACAGGAUGGCUCAGCAUCUAAUUUUUCUCUCUAGCAGCUGCACUCAUUUGAUCAUUUCUAAAUUUCUGUGGUACUAGAUCCUGGUAGAAAUUUUAACAGGAGAGAGAGAGAGAGAGAGAGAGUGGUAAGAUAUCAAGAUGAAUUGUCCCUCAUGAAGGGAAGGGUAGAGAUGCCCAGAAAAGUUAAAACCUAGAGAGUUGGGGAGGAUUGGGGAUGAGGCAAGAUGCUGGUAGAAGGAUCCUGUUUUCUAACCUCAACCUAAGAAAGCUGCAUUUUAGAAGGUGGAAGUUACAGAAUCUCUCAGAGAGACAGAGAGAGACAGAGUGAUUGUGGACAUGCCAAAGACAACUGGGUGUCAGUCUUCAUGUUUGUGUGCCACUGGCCACAGUGGGAUGUCUGCAUAUUACUAAUCAUCAGGAGGAAGGCAUCUUUGGUUUGGGAAGAGAGAUAGGUCUGACCCACUUACUCUUCCCUCUAUGAGAGACAGUUCAUCUUAAUAUCUAAUUACUCUCUCCUGCUAAAAUUUCUACUCAGACUUGGUACCACAGAAAUUUAGGAAUAGCCUAAUGAAUGCAGUUGCAUUUUGUUGCAUUUUUAUUUUUAGAUGAAGUUUGUCAAGAUCAGGACUUCAUCCCACCUCCCCAGCACCGCACCUCACAACAGGUUUGCUGGGUCAUUAGUCCUAUGACCCCAUGUCCCAUUGCACCCAAAAGAACAAUGUGUCAAAUUAUUUAAAAGUAGGCUGCAGGUGAUGGAGAUGCCAAGGCUUGUAUCUUGAUAUUUUUAUAUGUAUACAAGAUAGAGGCAGAGACUAUGAAACGAGAGUAGAGUUGAAAUAACUGCCUUGAGUCAGUGUGCUGUAGUACACUGAGCAAUGGACGUAGUCAGGAAGACUUGGUUUGAAUGUGGCAUCUUGGAGUUACCAUCUCUGAUCAUGGUGAAGAUUUUUUUUUUUUUUUUAGGCAGGGCAAUGAGGGUCAAGUGACUUGCCCAGGGUCACACAGCUAGUUAAGUGUCAAGUGUCUGAGGCCGGAUUUGAACUCAGGGAGUCCUGAAUCCAGGGCCAGUGCUUUAUCCACUGCGCCACCUAGCUGCCCCCCUAUGGUGAAGAUUUUAAUUAAUCUCUUUGCUCAGUUUUCUCAUAUGAAAUGAGAGACUUGUACUUUUGACCUCUAAGGGCCCUUCCCCAUUGUAAAUCUUUGAUUCCAAGAGGCCGGGCAAAAAUGUUAAUUAAGCCAUUUGUUUUUGAUAUACCCCCAUCAAACCCUUUCUGUCCCUCAUUCUCCUAGAGCCCUGCCUUUCCUUGUCUUCUCCUUGUUCUGUUUCUCCAGGUCUGCAGUUUCAGCCAGCUAACAACCUACUCUCCUCAGAAAGAUUUAAGCUGAAAAAGGGGUUAAUUUUUGCCCCUCCCAGAAGUAUUUUUCUUUUAAUAAAAUACACUCAAGACCUUCAAAUUUAACAAUUUACAUAUCAAGUGCCUGCUGUGUGCAAUGGUAGCCCACUAGAUACUGGGACACAGAGACAAAAACCACAAUAAUCCUGCCUUUGGGGCGCUCUCUUUCUCCUGGAGGGAGGGAUGCAUUGGAGCAAUUUAUUUCCAAUGGAAUAAAUCUAUAAUGGUAAAAUUCUGCUAUCAUUUGUAGCCAUUGUGGUUGAUGGCUGGAGUUCCGUUCAUCACAUCUCAGAAUUGAUUGCCUAUUUAGAAAAAUGGCCCUGGUCUCCAGCCUCUUGGCCCCCAUCAAUGACUCUUUUUUUUUGUUUGGUUUUUUUUUGUUUUUUAGUGAGGCAAUUGGGGUUAAGUGACUUGCCCAGGGUCACACAGCUAGUAAGUGUUAAGUGUCUGAGGCCAGAUUUGAACUCAGGUACUCCUGACUCCAGGGCCGGUGCUCUAUCCACUUCGCCAUCUAGCUGCCCCUCAAUGACUCUUUAGAGAUAGCAUGUAGGGAUGAAUGGCCGGAUGUGGAGUUUCUGACCAUUUUACAGGACACCAGAGGUGAUCUUUUUUAGUCUUCUAAGAAGACUUGAGAAGUUAGGAUCAGAGGAUCUAGGUUUAGAUCAUUAGUUGGAUGCUUAUUAUCUGUGGUAAUACCUGUGGGAUUCAGUUUACUUGUUUUUAAAGUGAGGUUGGUCAGGGUGAUGUCUAAGGUUCUUUUCAGAUUGAGAUCAUUUAAUCCAUUUCUAUUAAUUGGGGGUUUUGCCAGAAAGAAGUGGAAAGAAACUUAGGGGGUGGGAGGAGGUGUAUAGCUUAUAGGGAAAGUGGAUUCUUGCUCUCUGUGAGAGUCUCUCUGGUCGGUCUUGCCCCAACUCUGCCACUGUUUCCCUUCCCUCCCUUACCUGAGAUGUGCUUAUUUGUUAAUUUUGCUGGGACUGAAUAAAAUAUUUAAAAA